AUGGCAGGCCCUGCGUCUCCCGGCAACGACGGCCCAACCUUUGCGCCUCCGCCGCUCCCAGCUGGUUGGAUCGCGCAAUGGGAUAACGCCUCCAAGAAGUACUACUACGUCCAGCUCUCCACCGGUGUUUCGCAAUGGGAGACUCCCACAGAUCCAGCUCCCGUUGGCGCCACUCCCGGUGCCGCCCAUGAACACCCCUACGGCGUACCCGGUAGCGACGGCGAUAGGAAACUGGAGAUCAUCACCUACCCAGACGGCAGCCAGAGCGCCAAGUACCCCGAUGGGCGAGUAGAGCCGGUUGCUCCUCGGGAGGACGGUACGAGGGGAAUUGGAGGCCCCGAUCAGGAUAGAAGUCUGGGUUCCUUCAUCGGAAACACUCUCAUCAGCAACCUCGCCGGCGGAAACAAGCAGUCUCACGGCGGCAGCAGCAGCAGCGGCGGCGGUGGUGCGGGUGGCUUGGUUGGUUCCCUGCUUCAGGGCGCCAUGGGCGGUGGUAGCUCUGGCGGCCACGGAAAUAGCAACAGCAGCGGUGGAGGUCUUGGUGGCAAGAUCGCAUCCCAGCUUGUCUCGGGCAUGUUCUCCGGCGGAAGCCACAAGCCUUCCUCGUCAUCUUCGUCCUCGCAGCAACAUAACACUCACGGCAACCAGUCAUCUUCGCAUAGCUCUUCGGGCAGUCAUGGCGGUGGUCUCGCUGGCGUUAUGGGCGGCAUCGGCAAUCUGUUCGGAAACAAGCCCAACUCCAGCUCCGGCUUCGGCUACUCCAACUCGGGACAAAGCGGUUCCUACAGCGGCCAGACACCUCCCGCAACUUACCAGCAAGCCACCUCCGGAGGCAGCUCUUCCUCGACCUACCAGACCGCCGGACCUACAUCAUCGCACCAGUCGCACCAAUCGCACAGCGGCAGCAACACCCCUUCCUACGGUGCACCAUCUGGCCAACACGCUCCCUACGGUCAACACCAGCAUGGCCAGCAGCCUUCCUACGGUAGCACCCCCUCUUACACCUCGCCACCGACCGGCCAGCAGCCUCAGUACGCUCCUCCCCCAGCCGGAGGACCUCCCGGGCAAUAUGGACAGCCUCCGCAGGGGUAUAACCAGGCGCCCCAGUAUGGCCAGCCACAAGGAGGAUUCCAUCAGCAGACUCCCUCGUACGGACAACCGCCGCAGGGAGGAGCUCCCUACGGCCAGCAGCAGCCUCAGUAUGGCGGACAACAGCAGCAGUACCCGCCGCCGCCGCCUAAUUCGUAUGGUCAGCCGCCUAGUGGUCAGUAUGGUCAACAGCCGCAGUACGGCGCGCCGCCGCAGGGAGGUUAUCGGUACUAG